AAGAAAAUUUAUUCAUAUGAUACGCUCGAUGUAUAAUUUUAAAACAAUGCAGUAUUUUGGCUCUAUACAUUGUAUUUAUGUUUUAAUUGCAUUGAACGCUAUCAAUUUUGCGGCAUGUGAGCCAGUAACAAUCAGUCUAUUGAGCACAGUUCUUGUUGCGGGUUGGUACAAAUGGGACAUGGUAAAGGAUAAAACGAUAUGCCGUUUUACAGAGUGCUGUAAUGCGAACUAUAUCCCAUAUGAUCUUGACAAAUUAAAACAAUCAUUAUCACUAAAAUUAUUUGGUCAGCCUCUAGUGAGUGAAGUGGUGAACAUUCUCAAAGCUCACAAGGAAGUUGUUUUUGAUGAGAAUAAACAGAACCAAAAAGCUCUAGUACUAAGUCUGCAUGGAUGGACAGGAGUUGGGAAAAACUAUGUAGUAACCAUGAUUGCUGAAGCACUCUACACUGAAGGCAUGAAUAGCAAAUAUGUUAAAGUAUUUAUGGGAAACAAGGAUUUUGAUUGUACGGAUUUGGAGAAAAGCAAGAAAGCAUUAAGAGCAACAGUGGACAAAAUAGUGAAGAACUGUCCAAGAAGUUUGAUAAUUGUAGAUGAGAUUCACCAUAUGUGCCCUUCAGUUCUGGAUGCCCUUAAACCUAUGUUGGACCAUCACCAUGCUGUAGAUGGAGUUGAUUACAGAGACAGCAUUUUCAUAUUCAUAUCUAAUAUUGGAGGAGGACAGAUAGCAGAUAACCUGAUAGAAUUGUACAGCCAGGGAGUAAAGCGAAAUGAAGUGGAAUUCCACAAUUUUGAAGCCAUUAUUAGAAGACAUGCAUAUUAUGAAGGGGGUUUUGAAAAAGCAGCCGUUAUAGCUCAACACUUGAUUGAUUAUUACAUACCAUUUCUACCACUUGAACAAAGCCAUGUGGAAAAAUGUGCAUUGUCAGAAUUUCGUCUUCAUGGUGUAUAUCAACCCACAGAUGAAAUGAUGGCGGAUGCAUUAUCAGUAAUAAACUACGGGCCUACAGAGGACCAACCGAUUUUCGCCAAUAGCGGAUGCAGACGAUUUACUAGGCACAUUCCAUUUGUUAUAGCCAAACAUAAAGCUAAACGUACUGAAUUAUAGGCAUAUACUUAACAUGUACUUUUCAUAAUAACCAAGUCCAAUUACCAAACCAUGUGAUAUAUCUGAGAUAGUUAUAGCUGAAAGCUAUUUCUAUCUUUCCUUUAAGGAACGUGUUGCUAAUUAUUAUGUGGAAGGUCUUACUAAUGAUUAUUUUUCAUGAAUUCGAAUGAAUUUAACAAAUGUUGUGAUGAGGCAGUCUAAUCAAGGUUUAAGUUAUUCAGUGUUCAAUAUUGUAAAUAAUGAAGUAGUUAUUUUUGUACAUAAUUUUGUAAAUUAAGUUUUCGCUUAUAAGCAAGUUUGCAAAGUGCGUAUUUCGUUGUUCUCGGUUUUGUAACAACUUUUCAUUCUGUGUGAUAUGGCCCGUUUAUUAAAUCAAAACAGUAAGACGCACAGGUGUAACUUAAUGCCAUAUUGUAGAUAAAGUUAUAAAAUCUUUUAUGUAACUGAUAAUUUGGUUUAUUACGUAAUACAGCUUUAAUGUUAAUUUGAUUAUUGUGAGAAUGGAACUAAGUAAUCAAAUUCAGGAGUCAGUUUGUAAAUGUUUAUUUACAAAGAGCAACCCCUGUGCAAUUUCCAGUUAAUAACUGUACAAAAAUUCUUCGUAUGUUGGUCUCCAAGACACGUUUAUUUCCAGUCCAUCAUAAGUUUGAAGAUGGUAGAAAAUAGUUAUUUUCAUUUAUUACAAUGUAUAAAUAGUAACAUAAUUAGAGGCGCAGUUCCAUGUAACCUACUUCUAAAAUCAGGUUCUCCAAAUACAUCGCCUACUUAAAAAAACAUUUUUUGUU